UCAGUGACGUGGACUUUCAUUGAGCAGUCAGAGCUCCAAAAAUAACAGAUUUACUAGCCUGUCCGUAGUUUUUCACUCAGUCCUGUCACAUUUAAAAGCCGAAGUACUAAUUUUCUUUUCUUCGUACGUCCCAUUUGAACUCAGCGGUGUCACAGCUUUCUUAACAGUGUUUAUUUAAUUUCUAACCGUGCUGUGUGUUUCACAAAGACUUCAGGAUGAGUAAAAACAGCAAAGUGUUGAACCUGAAGGAUAAAAUCAGUGGGAAUGAAGUGGACUUGAGCCUGUGUAACCUCACUGAGGUGCCAGUCAGAGAGCUGGCUUUCUUCACCAAAGCAACAGUUCUGGACUUGUCUUGUAACAACAUUUCCUCCCUUCCUCCGGAGUUCUGCAACCUGACCCACCUAGUGAAGGUGGAUCUGAGUAAAAACCAGCUGACCUGUUUGCCAGAUGACCUGGGGAACCUGGCCAGCCUUCAGCAUCUGGAUCUGUACAACAACAAGCUAACGGUUCUGCCUGUCAGCUUCUCUCAGCUCAGGAGUCUGAAAUGGUUGGAUCUGAAGGAUAACCCGCUGGAGCCCAGCCUAGCCAAAGCAGCUGGAGACUGUCUGGAUGAGAAACAGUGUAAGCAAUGUGCCUCAAAGGUUCUGCAGCACAUGAGGGUUAUUCAGGAAGAGGUUGAUCGUGCACGAGAGAAACGCCUUUUAAGGGAAAAAGAGCUGGAGAGGAAGAAGGAGGCAAAGCAACGGGAGAGGGAGGCCAGAGAGAAGGAGGCUCGUAAGCGAGAGAAGGCGGAGGAGAAGGAGAAGAGGAGGAAAGAAUACAAUGCUCAGAUGGCAGCCAUGGCUGCGCGGGAACAACAGAAGAAGAAAAAUGAGGAGAAGAAGAAAAAGAACGGACAAGCAGCAGCGGAUAAAAAGGUGGUUGAAUCAGCUCCCAAACCUCGCCGUUCCCUCAUUGGCCUUGUGUUCAAGUUCCUCGUCCUGCUGCUCCUCGGACUGGCCGGAGUCGCCGCAGCAUGCCGACUGACCGACCUGCAGAAAGAAGCCAUGUGUGUUCCAGUCAACGUCGCCGUAGACGACGGCCUAUCCUGGGCCAGAGAGCAGGAGGGCGUGGUCAGACAGCUGGUGUCCAAUCUGUCCUCCGCAGCGAAGGAGUUUCUCGACUCCACACAAGCCUCUAAGAAUUAAAACUAUCAUCUGUGUGCAUCAGCUCCAGGAGCUGCAGGUUUCCUCUCUAACCUGUGAAUUCUGGGAUUUUUUUAAUAUGCUGAAAUCAUGAUUCUCAUGCAGAUGGGCAUUCCUGCGUCCAGUCACCCUGUUGGUGGUGCUGGGAGGUGGAGUCUGUGCAGAAAGACAAAGGGGGGUGGACAGAUGUGUUAAAAUCAUCUUAAAUUCCUAUGGAAUUGUUGUCGCUCUUGUACCCUCUUUGUACUAAAGCCUGUGUUUUUUAAGAAUAAAAUCUGUCUUAAAUGUC